AUGAUCCACAAGGUCGAUGGCCAACAUCCGACAUGUACGUUCCUGCUGGAGGUGGAGCGAGACCAGACGGAGUGUCUGAAGAGGCUAAAGGAGCAAGAGGCCAAGGGCAUCAAAAAAGUGCCGGGAUGCAAAGGAACUUGGGACAGCAUUGCAUGCUGGGAACACACUGGAUUAGGAGAGACUGUCACGAUCCCCUGCCCUCGAGCCCUUAAGACCAUCUUUGGCAGAAGCGGAAACAUCAGCAGGAACUGCACAGCAUCCGGCUGGUCGGACGUGUUCCCAAACAUAAGCAGCGUGUGCGAGUCCGACACCAGUCAGAGCAAGCUGGUCUUCUACGUGGUGGUGCAGACGUUAUACACCCUGGGUCACAGUCUGUCUCUGAUCGCUCUCAUCACUGGAAGCGCCAUUCUCUGCCUGUUCCGGAAGCUUCACUGCACCAGAAACUACAUCCACCUCAACCUCUUUGUGUCCUUCAUCCUGAGAGCCGUGGCCGUCCUGGUGAAAGACGACAUCCUCUUCAACAGAACCUCGCAGUGCUCCAACCAGUCGUCUCUGCUGGGAUGUAAAGCCAGCCUGGUGUUUUUCCAGUACUUCAUCAUGGCCAACUUCUUCUGGCUGCUGGUGGAAGGUCUGUACCUCCACACGCUGCUGGUCGUCAUCUUUUCAGAAAACCGACACUUUAUUAUCUACAUGUUCAUUGGUUGGGGAAUUCCCACGGUGUUCGUCUCGGCAUGGGUGAUAACGAGGAUUUAUUUGGAAGACACGGGGUGCUGGGAGAGAAAUGAAAACCACGUACCUAACUGGGUGAUCAACGGACCAAUCGGAUUUUCCAUUAUGGUGAACUUCAUCCUGUUCAUCAGCAUCAUCCGCAUCUUGGUUCAGAAGCUGCGAUGUCCGGAUGUGGGUGGAAAUGACCAGUCUCAGUACAGAAGGCUGGCCAAAUCCACUCUGCUGCUGAUCCCUCUGUUUGGGAUCCACUAUGUGGUUUUUGUGUCUUUCAGUGAAUCCAUCACUGAAGAUUAUAAAAUCUUUUUUGACCUGGCUCUGGGAUCUUUUCAGGGUUUCGUUGUGGCUAUUCUCUAUUGUUUCCUCAACAGUGAGGUUCAAGGGGAGCUCAAGAGGAAGUGGAGGAGCAUGUGUCUGAACUGCAACCUGACCAGCCCGCCUCACUUCAGCAGCACUUUCACCUCCAGGAACGGCUCAGAGCACAUGAUGCAGUUUCACCGCAACUCCAGAGCGCAGUCCAUCCUGCAGUCAGAGACCACCGUGCUGUGAGGCCACAUCCAUCCUGCAGUCAGAGACCACCGUGCUGUGAGGCCACAUCCAUCCUGCAGUCAGAGACCACCGUGCUGUGAGGCCACACCCAGAAAAACAAGCAAACAAGUGGACCCGUGCAAAGAGUUUUACCGAUUAAUCCUAUAGGAGAACUUGAGUGCAAGUAAACCAAGAGCUGCUAAGAUCUGUGCUUUGAUCAGAUGAUUCAAAAGACAUUUCCUUCAUUGUUUUCUUGUUUUUAAGUUUAGAAAAAAAAAGAUGAGACAGAUGAGAGCUGCAUUUCAGUGCAAUUCCUUGAUAUAGACACAAAAUAAUGCGAAACUGACGUUUUUUUCUCUGGCAUUGUAGCACUCAGCUGAAAUUUGGGCUAAAUGUGGUCGGAGGGUUUCCACCUGUGUCGCACACUACUCUUUAAUAAGUAAAAUAGUGCAAGUGUCGAGCUGUUGUUUAGCUAGUCACUUACAAUAUUUAUGUAAAACCCAGUGGAAAUUUUAGCCUAGAUUAUAACCACAUUCAUUUUGCAUCAACAAAUUUAUUUAACUGUGAAAUUAGGAAUCAUUUGCAUCUAACUUUGCAAUUUUGUCUUUUAAUCUUUUCUUAUAUGUUUACAACCAACUAUUAAUCCAAUAUUUCUAAGACAUAGUAAAAAAUGAUUACCAUACAUAUUAAAUAAACAUAAAUAUAUAGUAGUAAAAAAGGUAAAGUCCCUAAGAUGACAUUCCAGUUAAAUAUUUGACAUUAUUUAAUGAUUCAACCAUAACUUUUUCAGGCAAAAUGUAAAGAGCUUCUACUAUGAUUAAGAUAAUCACACUUUCUUUGUCAGAACAGCAUGAAAAAAAUGGGGUAGAAAUCAGUCAUUGGGAGCUUAGUUAAAUAAAAAUAAUAAUAAUUUACAUUUGAUUUCACAUUCCUUAUAAAGAAAUGUUACAAAGAAUGUCUUAAUUCCGCCUAAUACUAUAUGAACUAACAGCUCGUCAGCAGUGGAAUGUGUUCUAAAACUGUUUAGGGACCCUGAAAGUGAGGGGGACCUGCCUGCAGACAAGAUGGCGCCCAAACACAGUCAUCAAAGUCAUCAUUCACCGGAAGCGAAAAUGUCGCAACUGUAGCUGGAAGCUGAAUUUGAUUCAUUUAUACUAGAAUAUACACCAGAAGAUUCCUAGCCAUUACUCUAACCGUAACCAUAACUGUAACCCAAACCCUAACCCACCUGAGACCUCUGGGGACACUGGAGAACCACCAGGAACACAUGGGAAUGGAGGCCCAAAACUGAGCUAGAUGUUGGUAAAAAUUAGUGAGGUUAGGGACUCAGGACCAUGGAGCUGACAUGCCAGGAUGUUGGGCCCAGGAGAUGGCGAGAAGGUACUGAUAUCGUGGGCCCAGAAGAUACAAUCAGACUGGUUAGGGACCACCACCCGGGACUGUGGGGCGUGACUUAGAAGUCGGCCUCAAAGCCCGUUUUAGCCCCUUCUUGUGGCCAAAAACUGCUAUGAUCUGGCCCUGGAUCGUGCUGGGGUCUGAGAAGCUGGUCUCGUCUCAUUCACUUGAAUGGGCGUCAAUUUCCACAGUCGGUACAUCCUUUUUUUCCUGAUGCAAAAAGACCCAACCAGCCCCUCAAAGACCCAAAACCGUAACCUGAUUCCUGGGUUUUUUCAGGGGAAGAGCAUGAACUUAGGUCAAACUUCGGUCGAGGUCCUCCUGCUCCUCCUUAAAAACAUGACCUGUUGUUACCAGAUCUGUGACAGCUACCCCAUCGGUUCUCCACCUGUGCAAAUCUUAUGUCACUUAACAGUCUCCAACAUUGUGACACUGAAGCAAUUUUAAUUGACUCCCCUACUUUGUACAUUUUCUGUACAAUCGUUCCAAGAUUUAAAAAAAAUGUAAUUAAAAAUUAUAUCAGCUUCUGGUAACUUUAAAAAAAAAUUCUCUCCUCCUUUACAAAUGGCAGAGCCAUUUAAACACUGGAUAACUGUGUUCGCACAAAUUCAUAUUUUCCAUAACCUAAAGAAAAAGAAUGUUGCCUAAAUGCAGCACUGUAUAAAUAUAGUUCUUAGAGCAGACAAUGAAAAUCUUAAUGAUGCAUGAUAAAAUGACAGCCACACGACUUGGAGUCAUUCUCUCUGUUUAAUUGUUUUUAUGUUUUAUAUGUUGACAACAGGAAAAUUGGAGAACUGAAGGCAUUUUACUUUGAGGAGAUGCCCCCGCUCUAAUGCAGCCAAACUACCAGCUAGUGAUCUCUCUAUGUUAACAGAGUUUAUAAAGUGUCGGUCGGUGGCGGUUUCCUCGUACACUGUCAUCAAACAAAACAGGAAAAGAAGAAAAUAUUUGCACAUGUACAGAACGGAUUGGGCAGAUCCAGUAAACCCUUUUCAUGUGACAUCACACAUUGCCGAAAAGUGCUGAGUCGCUUCCAAAUUGUUUAGAACGGCAAAGCUGACAGAUGAACACUGUUUAAAGCUAUUUUACAUAAGUAAUAAAAGGUAAUCUGACCAAUCGUAACUGAAAUGUAUAUCUUAUUUAUUUUAUAAAUGUCCUACCUGGUUGUAUUCAUUUCCUCCUCUUAGAUCGUUCACAAGU